GCAAACCAACUUUCAGUGGGCACUGCCACUGAGUUUUGAUUGAACCUCGAAAGUCCGAUAUAAAUGGAGAUUUCAUUUGAAUAUAAUUGGCGGGAAGGAAACUCCAAUACAUGCUCUCCUGUCGUGUCCGGCCCGCCUGCUGGUCGGCCCGCCGCGCGGUCGGGACUCGCCACCGUCCUCCAGAGGACCGCCUCAGACACUUCCACUUCGCCGCAGCAGCCUCUCAACGUCUGGACCCAGCCACAGACGACGAGUCCUCCACCAUCGUUUUGCUUCGCAGAUGCAUCGAGACCUCAGACCUCCGCCGGGGAAGAGCAGCCCACGGCCGCCUACUCACCUCUGGGUUUCUCCGCCGCCCCUUCCCGCUCUUCCUGACCAACCAAAUCCUCAACAUGUACAUCAAGUGCGGGGAUUCGGAGAGCGCCGUGGCCCUGUUCGACGAAAUGCCCCACAGAAAUGUCGUCUCGUGGUCCGCCCUCAUUGCGGGCUUCGCCCAGUCGGGACGGGCUGAGGAAGCGGUGUUCUUGUUCGCCCGUAUGCUCCGGGAGAGCUCUGUCAUGCCGAACGAGUUCACCCUCGUGAGCGCCCUGCACGCUUGCUCCUUGGUGGAGCACGGCUCUAGUUCAUUAGCUUAUCAGAUUUAUGGGUACGUCAUUCGGGUAGGUUUCGAGACGAACGUCUUCCUGGUGAAUGCGUUCUUGACAGGUUUGAUCCGGAAAGGUAGGUUGCCGGAGGCUGUGGAGGUUUUCGAUAAGUGCAAGGAGAGGGAUGUUGUGUCCUGGAACACCAUUAUGAGUGGCUACCUACAGCACUCCUAUUCGGGAAUCCCGGGUUUCUGGGGCCGGAUGAUUCACGAGGGAGUGAAGCCCGAUAACUUCACUUUCGCUAAUAUGCUCACAGGAUUGGCCGCCCUUUUAGAUCUAGAUAUGGGGCUCCAAGUUCACGCACAACUCGUCAAGUGUGGCCAUGGGUGCGAGAUCUGUGUCGGGAACUCUUUGGUCGACAUGUACUUGAAGAAUCGGAGAUUGGAGGAAGCCUUUCGGGCUUUCGACGAAAUGCUGGCGAGGGAUGUGCUCUCGUGGACACAGAUGGCUUCUGGGUGCUUGCAGUGUGGAGAGCCUGGCAAGGCCAUCGAGCUCGUUGCAGAAAUGAAGGUGAUGGGCAUCAGGCCGAACAAGUUCACCCUCACAGCGGCCCUGAAUGCUUGUGCAAACAUAGCUUCCUUGGAGGAAGGCAAGAAGGCUCAUGGCAUGAGAAUCAAACUCGGGCAUGACAUAGAUGUCUGCGUGGACAACGCGUUGAUCGACAUGUACGUAAAAUGUGGGUCCAUGGACAGUGCUUGGGGGGUGUUCCGCUCGAUAAGAGAUCAGACAGUCGUCACAUGGACAACGAUGAUCAUGGGAUGUGCACAAAAUGGUCAAGCCCGAGAAGCUCUGAAUCUAUUCGAUGACAUGAGAAGGGAAGGAGUGGACCCAAAUGAGGUCACACUCGUUUGCGUCCUCUACGCAUGCAGCCAAGGUGGAUUCGUUGAGGAAGGGUGGAACUACUUCUCCUCAAUGACCGAAACCUUCGGGAUCUGCCCUAUAGAGGAUCAUUAUGUGUGCGUGGUGAGCCUUCUAGGACGAGCUGGUAGAAUAAAGGAAGCCGAGGAGUUGAUAUUGGGGAUGCCAUUCAAGCCCGGGCUCCUCAUCUGGCAAACCCUGCUCGGGGCAUGUUUGGUUCAAGGGGAUAGGGAGACAGCUAAGCGAGCGGCCGAGAAUGCACUAGAAUUGGACGGAAACGAUCCGUCAACUUAUGUCCUGUUAUCGAACAUGUUUGCCGGUUCGAGCGACUGGUAUGGUGUGGGAAUGCUUAGGCAGCUGAUGGAAACAAGGGAAGUGAAGAAAGUUCCCGGGUCCAGUUGGAUUGGGCUUGAGAACGGUGGAUUGAGGUUAUCUGUCCAAGAGGCAUCGCUUUAGAUUAAACAAUUAUGAACAGCUAUCGAUGUUCUGAGCUCGUCCGAGAAAUCGGUUUUGAUCAUCUUAUUCCGAAUCACUUAAAUA